AUGGAAAACACGCGGGAAGAACGGAGGUAAGCGCAUCAAGAGGGCUGUUCGAGUUCGAGGAGGAGAGGGAGGAGCGCGACAGAGUUAUAUUAUUCUGACCCAUAUUCACAGCCCCCCUCCUUUUUGCUACCUUAUAUGGUUCAUUGAAAAUGAAAUUGUGCAGUUUUUCACUUAUGAAUCAUAGGUUUUGAUUUCCUGAAAUUGACUAGGCCAAAACUUUUAAAAUAAAGUUAAAACCUGACCCAACCAGGGAAUGGUCUUUGGACGCAGUGGGAAUUAUGAAUGAAAUUUUCUAGAUGUAGUUUUUCAUGCUUAUUUCGAAUCUAGUCUCAAAAAUUGCCCAAGACGUGUGUAAAAAUAGUUAUGAACCCUCAAAAGUCAGAAAUUUUAAUGUCUCCAAUCGAGCUUAUUUUUUGAGGGUAUAUAGAUCGUCUCUUUGGUUACAGAAAACCAAUCAUUUUGGAGUGUUUCUUAAAUUUCAGUUCUUUUCAAAUUGAGUUUUUUCACUUUUUUGCUAUUUUUAUGCUUUAUAAAAUUCCCCCAUUUUUUCCCCUAAGCUCUGAUCCUUACUUAAAGUUUUUUAAAGGAUCGACGACCCCUUUUUCCAAGUUUUCCUGAAUUAAAGUUGAUACUACCUUCUUGAGGCUGUGUUAUUGUGGCCGAAACUACCUUCCUGGUGUCGAAAUUUGAUUUUAUUCCUCUUUUUUCAAAUUAUUCCGGGCUGAAUGGGUUAUGUACUUUUCCAUCUAUGCUUGGUAGCGUUUAAGCUUUUUCCAUUUUAAAACUGGAAAUUUAAAGUUUCAGUUUAGAUCUUCAAAGAAGCUUAAUUCUAAUCACAUUGAACUUUUUAAAUCAAAAAAAUUAGCAACAAUAAUUAUUUUCUUUAAAAAAAUUAAACUUAAAGUAUGAGGGUUUAAAAAAAUUUCUAAAAAAGCCUCUAUAAAUACCAUUUCGGCUUCUCUAUUUCCCUUAAAGUAUGAUUCAUGUUUUUUUCACCACUUCUUUGUUUUAGCGGCUAGCUCAUUCACUAUCUAAGAUUCUUCAGGGAUAUGGAAUAAAAAAGACUUAUGAAUCAUGAUUUUGGUCAAGUAGUUAAUGUAUGAAUUGGGAAAUUGAUUUCAGAAAAGUUAAUUUCGCAUUUUGUGAACACAUUUUUGGCUUUAGCAAACAUUUAAUAUAGGAAAAUAACUUUUAACGUUUUUUUUUUCUUAAUUUUCAAAAAAUCAAUGUUUUUUCGGGCAAGAUGUUUAUGAUCCGUAAUUAAAUCAAAAACUGGUAAACUUCAAAUUUCAACAUUUUUUCAUCAACAUAUCAAACCCUGUGAUUUUUCUUUGGAAAAUUUUAAUUUUUGGACUUCAGAUUCUCUAAUUUUACUACUUUUUGAAUUCCUUUCAAAAAAAAAAGUCAGUGAGGGGUCUUCUUCACACCCUCAAAAUUCAAUAGUUGAACUGGAAUCCUACUUCGCAACUGGUACCGAAAAAGUCCGGGGGAUUACCGACUUUCGAUCUCUCUUUUUUGCCCCCAAACACCGUCACGCGGUUGGUUUCGGUAUUGAAAUGAGAAGGUACAUGUUUUUGGACGGGAGUCCUCUUUUCAAUUCAGUUCAACCUCAGAUGAAAUGUUGUCUUUUGCGCUUUGUCUCGGCUUUUCCCCGUCGCUCCCUGUCGGGUUAUCUGUCGACGUCGUUACUUACUCCUGUUUUCUAUUAUUCUUUUUUUUUUUUGUUCGGUUGUUUUUUGAGCGGUCAGGGUGAGAUCAAAUAUUGUAUUCCAACUUGUAUUUUUACAGGGUGAAGGAUAAUGUUAGAUUUACUAGGGGGCUGAUUUUCAUUUUUUUUUUUUUGAUUUUUCUGAGGAUCUUACUCACUGAUAAAGGAACUUUUAACAAGAGAGGUAAUCACACCAUUAGUGAAAGAAAAAUGUUAGAUUCACUAGGGGUGUGAUUUUGGGGCUUCAAUUUUUUUUUUGAUCUCACUAUCUGAUGAGAUAUUUGUUGAUGUUGCAAUUCUGGCAAAGAUAAUCGAUUUUUAGGCCGGAAUAAUUUUUUUUUUUGGUGAUCUGGUUUUUGGAACUUUUAUCAUCUUGAAAUAUCUUGUAUUCAGACGCUUCAUUCAAUACAUUUUGAUAAUCUGAGAUUUGAGAAUAAUUUUUUUGGAUUAAUUUUUUUAUACCUUGAACCAAAAUUUUGAGCUUCGAAUUCGGAAAUUUUGAAUUUGUUGUUCAGUCUUUUCACAUCUGAUAGAAAAAAAGGUUUGAAUUUAAAAAAAAAAUUCAAAAAAGUUCACGAGAGAAUCGAUAAAUUCAUAAUUGUGAAGAGAGAUUGAGAGUUUUAAAAUUAAGAGUUUUCAUUUUCGUUUUAAGUUUUACAUUUAUUGAAGUUUCUAAAUAAGAACUAGUUUUAAAAAAUUUUGAAGAAACUCACCUAUUUCGAAAUAGUUUUUGUUAUGUUUCGAAAUCUUCAUUGGAAAAUUAGUACUUCUCUCUUUUUCCAUUAUUUCGCAACCAUGAAUACCAAAACUGAAGCGAUUUCGUCAUCAUAGCCCCAGGUUACUGUGUUAUUUAAAGCAUCCAACAAAGCAAAGCAAAAAAUAUUUGCCCAACGACAUUUUUCAAACAAUCCAAACAUGUCCGGCCCUCAUGGUAGAACGGCAAAUAUUUUGUCUUUUUCUCUUAAAUUAAUCUCUGGAGUUUUUUUUUUUCAUUUUAAUUGAUUUCAUUUUUUUUUCUUUUUUUUCGAAUUGGAGCGGAAAAUCUAGGGAAAAAUCUUGAAAUUCAAACUUGAAAUAUUGAAUAAAAAGGAACAGCUAUAAUAAAAAGCUAGUGAUUAUUAUUCUUGAAAAAAAGGAAAAAUUUAAAAAAAUUUGCAGAUAAAUAAGUAAGCAGGAUUUUAGCGAGUAAUUUAGGCAAAAAAAUAUAAUAAAUUACCAAGAAUCGGAAUCUCAUGGUCGCAUGUAGAAUGGCUCUAAGCAAAGCGGUUUUUUUUUCAAUGUGCGCCCGACUCAAAACGACUUGCUUUUUUUUUUAGGUUUGAGCUUCAAAAAAACUUGCUGAAUUGCUAUCUAGCUAUGGACUUAACCGCUACGCUUUGAGCCAUUUCAAAUGCGACCAGGAAGUUUCAAUCCAAGUAUGAAGAUAAGAAAUCAACCAUAAAACUAAAAAUGAUUCUAAAUGAAAUUUCAGCUACCAACAAACUGAAUUUAGAAGUUCGAACAUCUAUAAGAAGCUAAAAAAUAUGUUUUUCUUUUUUUUUCCAACUGAUAUCAUGAACUCUUGCUAGUUUCUGAGUAACUGUAAGUCAGCCAAAUACAAACAACGGCCGCCUAAUAGCAUUAAUUCGUGUCUCGGUUUCUAUCUAUAAUUUCUUCCAUACAAUAUUUGUUUGGUUUUUAUUUGCCCCCACCCUGUCGCUUAUAUAUAAGUAUACUUACAAGUCCUCCCUGCCCAAGUCGCUCGUCUUCUAUUUUCCAUUAAUUUCAUUCCAGAAUGCUUUUCCAAGUCGUUAUAUUCAUCGCUACCAUCGGUACCGUAUCCGCGUUGACCUGCACAUCUUGCGAAUAUCAGCCCCUCGAUCCACAGAGCACCCAGUGCAAUGACACGUGUGAUGGCGAUGUCUGCUUCAUCGGUGAGGAUUUCGGAAAAUCGGAGGCCUUAUUGGGAAUGGCUCAAAGCGUUCCGGCCUUCAAAGCCAUUCCCCCUGCGGCUUUCCGAAUAAGGCACAGUGAUUGAGCGUAUUUAUUUUAGUGGUGAACAAGUUCUUCAACUCGACGAUCAACGCUGGUUGUAUCAAUUUGAAAGACGGCGAUAAAUUCAAAGACAAGGCCGUUUGUCAAAGGUGAGAUUUUUCGUUUUAAAUAAGGAAAAAGUUCAAAUAUUUGAAGAAAAAUAUGCUUUUUCUGUGAAAAAAAUCACCAGAAUUUUUUUGAGUCCUGAAAGAAUAUCUUCUAACAGAAUCCUAUUAAAAAUAUUUUAAAGAUAAAAGCCUUGGAAAACCGGGUGAAACUUUUAAAUCACUAUUGAUCAAGCUGUUUACCCUCCAUUUUUUCGAAAUUUGAAACUUUAACCUGAAAAUGCUUUUAAAACUGAAUGAACGUGUUUUUCCACGGAGUCAGUAAUACGCCAGUGCGUGCCGUAGCCUCCGUAGCCUCGAUAGCUCAGUUGGGAGAGCGUUAGACUGAAGAUCUAAAGGUCACCAGUUCGAUCCUGGUUCGGGGCAUUUCUUUUUGCCGUUUUCAUUCCUGAAGUUCUUCGCAUUCAAGCUUCAUAAGAAAGCUUUUUCAUAGCAAUUUUCAAGAAAAAGAAACUUUUUUGUCAAUUUUAUGGUAGUUUUCAAUAUUGUAGAACGGACCAAGACAACCGAUGCGCCUGUGACAACGCAGAUCAGUGCAAUGAUCCGCAGGCCAAACUAUCCGAUUUCACUUUUGUCAAGACGGAAAUUCUGAAGGACUAUCAGAUGUUGCCGCAAGUUGAGCCUUCGAAUUCCUCAGGUGCCUUGAAAAUUAAGCAAUAAAUUGAAAAUUACCUGGUUUUUAGUACAAAAUAUUGCCUCCGGUGAAGGUCUCGCCUUGACAGCAGUUCCUUUGAAUGGUUAGAGAAAUCCUGAAUGUUUAUUUAUGAAUUCAAAAUUUUAGGAACUAUGGACGGCGACGACGAUGACCAUACUGUUGAAGUUCAUUCUUCCCUGGGAAUAAACAACUCGACGGAGCCGAAAAAUGAGCCCAAGUUUGUGCCUGCUAAAGUUUUUAAAGGCGCAUAGAUGUGAUUAAAAAAUUGUUAUGUCACGAAUUGUGCCUGAUCACAAACCACAAGUCUUUCUGUGACUUACCAAGUGUCAAAAACCCGUCUUAUAUGAUAUCUGGUGCCCUUUUGAACACAUUUUCAAGAGAAGUAUGUUUUUGCAAAUCUUUCGCGCUCCGCUUAAAAAUCUUAGGAUAGCUAGGCAAUUCGGUUGAAAAUAGUUCCACAAAAUUUUAUGUUGGAGUUGUGAAAUCGAGAAAUCUCUUCAUUUUCUGAGAUUUAAAAAUGGCUGUUUUUGCUGAUUUUUUUUUUUGAGAAAGUUGGGUUAAAAAGCAGUUUUUUUUCCUGUUUGAACCUGUAUUGCAGAACAUAGUUCGAAAUUUUUGUGUCUCGAAGAUUUGAAGCUUACAAGUCUGUUCCUUUUUGAAAUCUUAAGAAGGCUUUUUUGCUGAUUUUUUGCGCUCUGUUGAGAAAAUUAAGAGAUAAUGAAGCAGUUUAUUUUGUUUUAUUUUGUUUUUAUUGUAUAAUAGAAAAUAAUUGGAAAUUUUUUUAUCUGGGAGUUGUGAAACCGAAAAAUCUGUUCCCUUUUGAAUAUUCGAUAAGGCUAUUUUUUAAUGAUUUUUUGCGCUUUUUUAAGAAAAUCGGGGAUAGCUGAGCAUGUCACCGCUAUAGCUGAUUCACGGCUGGCUUGAGCCUUCGAAAUAUUGGUCCUGACACGAUAAUGCACGAGAUAGCGCCUGGCUCGUGGAGAACGCAGACAGGACACGCCCUCUUAGCGUCCCAAGCUGGCCGUGAAUCAGCUAUACUUAUUCACAUAUUGUUGAAAUAGUUCCAAAAAGUUUUAUGUGGGAGUUGUGAAACCGAAAGAUCUGUUUAUUUUCGAACUUUUAAAAAAGCUAUUUUUACUGUUUUUGCGCUUUUUUGAGAAAUUUCAAAGAUAGAGAAGCUUUUUUUUUCAAAAUUUUCAAGCAUGUUAUUCAGGAAAAACGAGACCGAAGACAUGGUGAUGACGAAGACGGUAGGAUUGAAGGUUGGAAACAAUCAAACGGAAGAGGAUGGUCAAGACGAUUUGGAUUCUGAUAACAAGAAUGCGACUAUUGGCUCAAAUGAUAAUUCGAAGAUUGGGUGAGCAUUUUCAGAAGUUUAGACUCAAGUCGUUUUACAAAUUUCUUGGAAAAGGUUUAAAUCCAGAAAAAAAUUAGAAAAUCUUCAAUUUAUAUCCCAAAUAUUAGCUUCAAGUUGAACUGUAGAACUUGACCUUGACUGCAAUUUAAAAAAACUUUUCAGAAAAAGAAAUUCUUGAAAUUAACUUGAAGUAGAAAAAAAAAUUACCUGAACAGCAAUCCAACAAGAAGUCGUUAGAAAAUUGAAUUCUAGUAGGGGAUCUUUGGACUAACUUUGAAUAAAAAGAAAAAAGUAAGGAUUUUCGAUUUGAAGCGCUUUAAAAUCACGAUUCUUCCUUUUUUUAAAUUUUUAACCCUUACUCGGUGUAAGAGUUCCCAAAAUUUGACUUUGAGGGUCUCAUUCAAGGCCCUGAGAACAUUAAUAGAGACUCGAAGCCGUUGUCUUCAGACCAAGACUCUCUGAAUCUCUGCCUCCGACCCGUAGCGGCUUGCGCGACUAUCUAUAGGCUUCUAUUGAGCGCUAGAAAGUCAGUGGUUCAACAAAAUCAUGAGAUCUUUGUUCAUACCGAAGUAUUUGGCUUUGGUAUCAAAUGAGGAACAUUGCAGUAAUUUUAUUUUACCUAUGACUUCCUAGCGCCCCGUGACAGCCUAUGCAUAGUCGCGCAAGUCGCUACGAGUCGAGGACAGUGAUUAAGGGAGUCUCGGUCUGAAGGGGGCGGCUUCGAAAACCUAUUGAUGUUCUCAGGGCCUUGAAUAAGACCCUCAAAGGCAAAUUUUGAGAACUCUUACACUGAGUAAGAGUUACAAAAUUAAAAAAAGAGAGAAAUUCGGCACUCCAAGAGACAGUUUAAAAACCGGAAAUCUUCUUUUAUGGCUAUCGUUUAAAAAAAUUAUGAAAAUAGUCCACUGAGCAAUUUUUCAUUCUAUUUCGAAACUUCCUAUUUUGAGGUUACUCAACAAGAUAAAUUUUUCGUAGUUUUCGAGAUUUCCUGACCUUUAAUGAUAGGUGAAUUCUUUUUUUUUUUAAUUGAGUUAGUCUUUGAAGUUUUUUUAUUUCUUCAAACUCGAGUACCGAUUUUCGUGCGAUUUAUAACUAAACUGUUAGAAAUCGCAGUUGAAACCUUUAAAAAGUAUUAUUUUUCAUAUUUUUUUCUCAAAUGACUGUAAGCUUUCAGGUAAACAGAACAUAAAGAAAAAUUUUAUGAAUGACUUUUUUUGAAAAAUUGUCUUCCAAUAGUUAUUUUCAAACUCAAUGGCUCAACUGGUCUUUGAUAAUUUUUUUGGAAGUCUCUCUCAAAAAAAUCAACAUAGUCCUCUCCAGACCAUCGCGAGGCUGGGGCUCAGUUGAAAUGGCCAACGUGACGUCAUACCGAGGCCAACCGGCCGACGACUCCAAUUCGACGUCAUCACUGACCACGUCUUCAACCAAGACGAACACGACGAAAACCGAGAAGGACCCGAAUUCAGGCUUCCGGUCUUCGGUUUCGUUGGCCUCCUUGUUUACCCUCCUCCUAGUGUUCGUCGCCCUAUAA